GGUACCGCCUCCUUAACCAGCGUUGUAAACAAACCCUGGAUAAUAUUGGAAGUUUGUCGCCGCACCACGAAAAUAUCCUAUCCUUAAAGAAAUUCGGAGUAGCAAAAGUUAUUUUAAAAUUUUAACUACAAAAUACACGAAACGGUUUCAUCUCAGAGAAAAACUUGUUCCUGUUGUCAAGUGUGAGAGACCGAGAGAGAACAGCUGCAAGACGAUUUUUGUUUGUUUGGUUUGGAUCCGUCCGAUUGUUUCUUGCUGAAAAAGUGACAAAACAAGAUAUCCCCUAGACGAUUGAGCAAUUUACCGAUGCAUCUCAGUUGACCUAUCCAACGGUAGUUUUCUGGUCACAUAUUCGUUAAAAUUAGGUCUUCCAUUGAACAUCCGAUAACUACGUUAGAUAGAAUGCUCUGUGUGCCAGAGAUGGUACCAUUCAGCUUGUCUGGGGAUGACAAAGAAGGACUUCAACAAAGCCAAAAUAGAAAAUGAUUGGAAAAGACAUGGUGAAGCUGACAAAGGCUAAGACGUUCCAAGCGUACCUAGACUCGUGCCACCGCAGGUACAGCUGUGUUCACUGCCGAGCACACCUGGCCAACCAUGAUGACCUCAUCUCCAAGUCUUUUCAGGGUAGCCAGGGUCGUGCCUACCUCUUCAACUCUGUGGUGAACGUGGGCUGUGGUCCUGCCGAGGAGAGGCUGCUACUCACUGGGCUCCACGCUGUGGCAGACAUCUACUGUGAGAACUGCCACACCACACUGGGCUGGAAAUACGAGCAGGCCUUUGAGUUGAGUCAGAAGUACAAGGAGGGGAAGUUCAUCAUUGAGCUGUCCCACAUGAUAAAGGACAACGGCUGGGACUGAGAGGUGAAGGGAGAUGUUUUCAUUGAUGUUUCAUCCCUCAUCCGUUGUUCUUCCUGGCCUGAA